UCGUCGCUGGCACUCCUACACGACAGCCUUAACUUGGCUCCAUCUUUGUCACCUGUCAUUGGACUGACCCGAGGACCACCAUGGUCACCAAGACGGUCAUCGCCCUGGGGCUUCUGGCCACUUUCUGUGCUGUAGUCAUGGCCGCCCCUGAACCCGGUGGUAGAUAUGGCGGUGGUGGUGGUGGUGGUGGUGGUGGAGGGGGAGGACAUGGUGGCGGCGGAGGGUAUGGUGGUGGAGGAGGGCGUGGAUUUGGAGGUGGAGGCGGCGGAUACGGUGGUGGUGGAGGAGGUGGCGGCGGUGGUGGAGGCCGUGGCUAUGGAGGUGGCGGAGGUGGACAUGGAGGCGGUGGCCGAGGAUAUGGAGGUGGCGGUGGUGGACAUGGAGGUGGCGGCCGUGGAGGUGGUGGUGGUGGUGGUUAUGGCGGCUAUGGAAAAUAA